AUCUCAUAAAAUGUGGCCGCGCGGCCGCAGAGCAAAGUCCCCCAAGCUGUAGCACCCCCACAGCCACAGCCACAGACGCGCGAAGCGAUAUCAUCACGAGUGAGCGUCUAGGCGGGCAUCCAUGGCACAGUCGAUGCUCAUGUCCGGCGUCAACGGCGUGGCCUCCGGCAGGAGCCUGCUGCAGGCGGCCCGGCCGUCGUCGGCGUCCACGCCCUUCUCGCGGCUCGCGCUCUCCUCCUCCUCGUCGGCGGCAGCGUACUACAAGCACAUGCCGUCCCUCUCCGUCCGGACCAUGGCCCUGUUCGGCAAGAAGACCAAGGCCGCGCCGGCCAAGAAGGUCGUUGCCCCCAAGCCCAAGACCGAGGACGGUAUCUUCGGCACGUCCGGCGGGAUCGGUUUCACCAAGGAGAACGAGCUCUUCGUCGGCCGUGUUGCCAUGAUUGGCUUCGCCGCAUCGAUCUUGGGAGAGGCCAUCACCGGCAAGGGCAUCCUGUCCCAGCUGAACCUUGAGACCGGCAUCCCGAUCUACGAGGCGGAGCCCCUCCUCCUCUUCUUCAUCCUCUUUACCCUCCUCGGUGCCAUCGGCGCGCUCGGAGACCGCGGCAGGUUCGUCGACGAGCAGCCCACCACCGGCCUCGACAAGGCCGUCAUCGCCCCCGGCAAAGGCUUCCGCUCCGCCCUCGGUCUCAGCGAGGGAGGGCCGCUGUUCGGGUUCACCAAGUCGAACGAGCUGUUCGUGGGGCGGCUGGCGCAGCUGGGGAUCGCCUUCUCCAUCAUCGGGGAGAUCAUCACGGGCAAGGGCGCGCUGGCGCAGCUCAACAUCGAGACCGGGGUGCCCAUCAGCGAGAUCGAGCCGCUCGUGCUCUUCAACGUCGUCUUCUUCUUCAUCGCCGCCAUCAACCCCGGCACCGGCAAGUUCAUCAGCGGCGAGGAGGACGACUAGAUCACGCGCGAAUGCUUUUUGGCCAUUAAUUGUACGUCCGUCCGUCCGUGCUUUGCUUGUUUGUUGUGUACGUGAGACCUUGGGGUGUACUUAGGUGUAAGAAGUUGGUCGUUGCCUUAUGAAAAACAAGAGCUAGCAGCUAAUUUGCCAUGCA